AGAGCCCGGGCGGUAGAAAUGGAGAGCAAAAGGACAGGGAGGGUGAGCGUAAACGUUGAAGAGACAUGGCGUGGCAGCCACACAGAAUAAGGAGACCUCAGUCCGCCGUGAGGAGUUUCCUGAGGAACAAAGCCGAGGCUGAGGAGUCGAGCUAACUGUGUGGAGGAUUCUCAUUUCGAUUCGCUUUGGCUCUCACCUCGUAAUCAGCGCGCUCUCAACGGUUUGUGUUGGUCAGUAUCUGCAGGGAGAAGUCUGUGGCAAACAACCCAGUCUGACAGGAUAUAAGGUUGCUCAAUAUGAGUCGAGAUGGGUGGGCAAAGAAGAGAGCCAAUGCCAGCGGUGACAAUGGUUGGGCUGAAAGGGGCGGUUACAUGGCUGCCAAAGUUUCAAAGCUGGACGAGCAGUUUAAACUCGACGCCCCCAGAGAGAAACAGAAGGAUGGCACAUGCUCCAGCAUUUUCAGCGGGGUGUCCAUCUAUGUCAAUGGAUAUACAGAGCCAAGUGCAGACGAGCUUCGCAGACUGAUGAUGCUGCACGGUGGCCAGUUCCACAUGUACUACUCUCGCUCCAAGACCACACACAUCAUCGCCAACAACUUGCCCAACAGCAAAAUACAAGAGCUCAAAGGGGAAAAGAUCAUCAGGCCAGAGUGGAUCACUGAGAGUAUCAAGGCUGGGCGUCUCCUGCCUUACCUACAGUACCAGCUAUACGCCAAACAGAAAGGCCCACUCUUCCCUGGCGUGACUCUGCGCCAGACGUCAGAGAUGGCAGGACCCAGCCAUGGGCCGCUUCAGCUGAGCGUCCAUCAAAAGCUUCAUCUGCCACAGCACUCUACACUCAAGCACGAGCAGCCCUCAUCCAGCUGCCAGAAUAAUUCCACCCCCAACCCCAGCCACAGUCGACUUAACAAAGACAACAUCCAACCUCAGACCAUCCAGCAGAACUCUGCAACUCGAUUAAUUAACCUCCAACCAAGUCACUCAGCAUCCACUUACCUCAAUGCACACACUCAACCCACCCACCUGAUGUCUAACUCAACCCCGACGAAACACCCACACAGGCUCUCGCCGUCGACCCUUCAAACACCUUCUCCUCAUCUCCAGCAGCAGAGAGCUAGCCAAACACAACCUCAGAUCAACUCUUCUUGCAGCAGCGACCAGAGUGGCUGCAAGGAAUUAAAAAUAAAUGGAUUACUGCAGACCUCAUUGGAUGCGAUGAGCCAUUCAAAAUUGAAUGAAAUGCGAGAGUGUGUCAAAGAAGAUCCUCUCCUGCAGGUGGCGAAGGAAGCACACCUGACAAACGGACACACUCACCUUGUUAAUGGUGCCUUAAAGCCAGAGGAUCUGUCCCCUGUGACAGAUGAACCCUCUGCUGAUAAGGAACUGCCUCAAUGCAGUGUCAAGAGUUCAGAUGAUAAACCUCAGAGUCCUCCAGUACAGUUACAGACCAAACCUGACCCGUACGAGUUCCCCCACAGUCCUCCAAAGCAAUCUGACCAGUCUGCUGUUUUUCAGAAUGAGCAGAGACCUAAACCUCCUCCACCCACGUACCAAGAGGCUUUAAAAGCCACUGAAAGCCACCUACUCCCAAAACCUCUCCAGCCAUCCCGUCAAGUUGAUCCGCAUCCUGAAAAGACUCCUCUUUCACCUGCAUCUCGCUCUCUGUCACAUUCUCCAAUUCGACUGAACGGAAGUCACCACAAUGCCUUUUCAUCUGACCCCGCGUCGCUAAACACAACCAACGUAACAGCUAAACCGGAUCCUCCCACCGAGACGUCUUCGUCGUCAACUGGGUCUUCAGCACAGCUGCUGGCACAGACGGGCGGUUUGAUCUCUGAGUUCUACUCUCACUCACGUCUGCACCAGAUCUCCACAUGGAGGUCGGGCUUCUCCGAGUAUGUCAAUGAACUGCACAGCAAGAGAAAAGCAGCAGGGGGCACCUCCUUCCCUGGGAAAGACCGACUGAGGAAGUCUGUGGCCCAGCGGUCGACAGAUCAAGGUACAUCAGCACCUUCAAGUGUCAAAUCUUGCAUUCUUCAUGUGGACAUGGACUGUUUCUUUGUGUCUGUGGGGAUCCGACAUCGACCAGAUCUCAAAGGGAAGCCUGUAGCUGUGACCAGUAACCGUGGACAGGGCAGAGUGCCCCUAAGGCCCGGGGCCCACCCUCAGCUGGAGCAGCAGUACUACCAGAAGAAAUAUGCUUAUCCUCAACCUGAGAGGGCAGAUGAUGAUCUACACCAAACUCCUUCACAAGAGAGUCCUGACUCCCACGCUAACGGAAUGGACCAGGACGCUGCCACUCUCUCAAUGGCAGAGAUCGCAUCCUGCAGUUAUGAGGCUAGGCAAGCUGGUGUCAGGAACGGCAUGUUUUUUGGAAAAGCAAAACAGCUGUGUCCCUCGCUGCAGUCCGUCCCGUAUGAUUUUGAGGCCUACAAAGAGGUGGCUCUCACCAUGUAUGAGACUCUGGCAAGUUACACUCACGACAUUGAGGCUCUGAGCUGCGAUGAAGUGUUGAUAGACGGUUCUGCCCUCCUCGCCGAGUUAGGCGUCAACCCAGAAGAUCUGGCCAGUGCGAUCAGAGCAGACAUCAAGGAGAAAACAGGAUGCUGUGCUUCAGUGGGCAUGGGGUCCAACAUCCUGUUGGCUCGGCUGGCGACUCGCAAGGCCAAGCCAGACGGCCAGUACCUCUUAAAGUCUGAGGAGGUAGAUGAUUUUAUCAGGGACCUGCCAGUGACCAGCUUACCAGGUGUCGGGCCUGUUAUGGGCAGAAAGCUGGCUGCUGUGGGUGUGAGGUCAUGCGGGGACCUCCAACAGGUGUCUCUGUCUCAGCUGCAAAAGAAGUUUGGACCCCGGACAGGACAAACCCUGUUCCGGUUCUGCAGGGGGCUCGACGACCGGCCUGUGCGCUAUGAGAAGGAGAGGAAGUCUGUCUCAGCUGAGAUGAAUUACAACAUUCGCUUCACAAGGGUUGACGAGGCAGAGUCUUUCCUGACUAAUUUGUCCAUGGAGGUGCAGAAACGUUUACGUGAAGCAGGGCUGCGGGGUCGCAGAGUUACCCUGAAGGUCAUGGUUCGCAAGGUUGGAGCACCACUCGAACCAGCUAAAUACGGUGGACAUGGCAUAUGUGAUAACCUAGCCAGGACUGUAAUGCUCGCUCAGUCCACCGACAGCGGUCAGCUGAUUGCCGCGGCAGUCAUCAAGCUGUUCCACGCCAUGAAGCUGCAGGUUCAGGACAUGAGAGGAGUUGGCAUCCAGGUUCAGCUUCUGGACGGACAUAACUCUGCCCCCCAGGACUCUACGGGCUCUGGGACACGCUCCAUCAAACACAUGUUGCUUGGCAAGGGAUUAAAUGCGAGAUCAAGCAACAAAGAUGUUGCCGAGAACAGUGUACAUCAAGAAAAGACUUCAACCACAGGCCCAUCAUCUCGCUCCUCUCCACAUCCUCUGUCCACCCCUGAGCCGGUCCCAGGGACAAGCAGAGACCAGCAGGCGUGCAGACAAACUCCAAAACACUCUCAAGCACGUCUCAACUUCAGUAUCGAGGUCCCCUCCCCAUCACAGGUGGAUCGUUCUGUGUUGGAGGCAUUGCCGGCAGAGCUGAGAGAACAAGUGGAGCAGUCGUGGACUAAUCGGGACAGGAAACCAAGUAACCCUCGGUCACCCAGUCCACAACCUCUUGCUCAUGUCCCGCAGCCUCCGUCUCUGAAGUCUCUUCCUCCUUUCCCCAAUCCUGCCCCUGGUCCUGCUCUGUACACUCCACCUGUUGGGACGUUGCUUCUGCAGAUUCCAAACCAGCCAGACAGUCCGGGAAUUGUACUAGAGCUGCCAAACUUCUCACAGGUUGACCCAGACGUAUUUGCCGCGCUUCCCAAAGAGCUCCAAGAUGAAUUGAAGUCUGCCUACAACCGCGUAACAAAUGUCCACCCCCAGGCAAAAAAUUCAGUGGAGCAGAAGAAUCCGCUGUUGCAGCUGAAGCAGUCAGGACUGGGAGUCGGCAUCGGUCGGGUGAAGCGGCGAUACAAGAGAAAGAACGCAGCGAGCCCUGUUAAGAAAGGUCCUUCCCCUCUGAAGAAGCGCCUCACAACAAACAGCCCAGCCAAAAUCCUACCAUCACCGAUCAAAUUGCGGGAACCAAUGAACAUAUUAAAGACUGAAAACGGUCCCUCUACAUCAGCCUCAGAUCCAGACAUCCCGGAGUCUCUGUCCAAAGUCACUCCUUUCCCUGCUCCAACGUUGGCCGGAGCCUAUGACCUGACGGACAUUAAAACUCUCCUACGAGAGUGGGUCACCACCAUAACAGAACCCAUGGAGGAGGACAUCCUGCAGGUGGUGAAAUACUGCACUGAGCUGAUCGAGGAUAAAGAUCUGGAGAAGCUGGAUUUGAUUAUAAAAUAUAUGAAAAGGCUCAUGCAACAGUCGGUGGAGUCAGUUUGGAGCAUGGCUUUCGACUUCAUCGUAGACAACGUGCAGGUGGUUGUGCAGCAGGCCUAUGGUAGCACCCUGAAGGUAGCAUGAAGACAGAGGGGUCACUGCUCCCACUGCACCACCACUUUCUCUUUUGCGUCUUUUACAAGGUCAUUGGUGAUAGAAAUUACGACAUCUAAAUCAUGAUUUUCCUCUGGACUUAAUGUUCUCGGCGGCCUCCUGAGAGUGACACAACAUAGUGACUACACACCCACACACACACACAUACACAUCAGAGAGUGUUACAAUAGCCAUGACAGUAUUCGACGAGAGCGUGUACAGUUCAUUAUUUUCUGUACUUGCUUUUUUCAAGGGACAAGUAACACAAACUGAAAGGCAGGAAAUGUACUUCUAAUCUACUUGCCAAAACUAUGAGCAGCGGUAAGCGUAGCAGCUUUAUGCAAAUGCAUCAUUUUUCAUAUGGAGUUCUUUUUCUAAAUAAAUGUACGUGAAAUUUUGUUUAAGGAUUUUUUGCAGGCAGUGCUUAACUAUUUCAAAUACACCCAGUCUAAACCAGGCCUGAUAAGAUUUUAAAUUUACCUCCUGGUGAGCGUUUUCCAGUAGAUACAGUCGGUGUCCUUUCUAAACAUGUUUCUAUAAAGCUUUAUUUUGGGCAUUUUUGCCUGUAAUGGAUAGGAUAGAGUAGCGUGAGAUGGGGCUGCAGGCUGAAAUCGAACUCGGGCCACUGCAGCAAGGGCGGAGCCUUUGUACAUGGGGCGCAAGCUCUAACCAGUAGGCCUCGAACACCCCAGAACAUGUUUUUUUUAACUAACAUAAGGGACACAAUUACAUUUAUUAGAAAUAUGAUUAAUGAAACUUAUGAUAAUAUCAGUACCUUAAGGCCAUUAGCACUAUGACGUAAUAGACGUUACGUUACUUAUCGCCAUCAGCCGAUCAUGUAUGGGUUUCCAAUUUAAAGAGCUACAGGUCCUCUGAGACUCAUUACUUUUUUAACCUGUGUUUAAACAAUCUAACAUUGUUUUAUAAAGCGCUGGGUCCUUUAUGUUUAACCAGAAAAGGCCCCAAAAUCACUAUUGCAACACACACCAGACUCCAUUUAAAAAAACGGUAAUUUUACCAUGUAUACAGCAAUCCUAUUUUUCCAUCCUGUUUGGGGAAUUAAGGGUUUAUUUCAACCAAACCAAAGUUGGUAAUUGUUAAAACAGUUCGAGGAGGACGCAAGAUGGUUUCUGUGAGUUUAUUUUGUUUCUGUGGACUUUGAAUGAAGUGUGUUUUACAGUGAUAAAAUAGCUGUUUUCUUAAAUGGAGUCUGGUGUGAUUGGCGAUAGCGAUUUCAGGGUUGUUUCUGGCUAAACAAAAAGGAUCUUACUUGUUACCACAGAGGUCUGUCUCUGUAGGGAUCUUUUCAAUAAUGUUGUCAGACACUUAUAGCCUGUCAGUGGCAAAAACAAGCACUUUUAGUGGACAAAAAUUGACGGUGCAAACAUGCCCUCAGUGUUUAGCGCUCGCUCAGUGCUGGACCAGGUUCCAAAAAUGUUUUCUUCGAUCCAAAAACAAUGGAAAACAGACUGAAAACAACCCUUAUGCAGAAAACCUUGCAACAACUCCUCAGCAUAGUAGUGAAUGCUUUGUGUCCCCCCUGGGUGUAGGUGUUCCAUAAAAUACCAACUGUAUCUAUCUGGAAUAGCGGUUGACUUCGCCUGUGUGUCCCUAAGGUUUUAAUAAUCUUACAUGGGCACAUCUGAGUGUUCCUCCAUGUAUACAGUUAAAUCUAGGUUUAAAAUUAUGGUUGUGGUGAACACAGUUAUCAUGUUUAAAUGCAUUGCACCUUCUAGCGAUUUUAGAAUCAGUCUUGUAGCACUCUUAAGACAUCAGACUUAUUAUAAUCCCAGAAUGGAAGGAAUAAAAUAUCCUCUUUUCAUCGUUUCUUUGGUGCUUCAUGCCGGUUGCACUGACCUGUGAACUAUCUACGACUGCUGUGUCACAAAAAAGCAAACAAAAUAUAGUCUGCUGCGUACAGUAGUAUCUCUUCUCUUGUCUCACGCAAAAAAAAGUGCCAAACCCUGUUAUUAUAGUGUGUAAAUAAUGUUUUUAAAGAUACUUGUCAAAGGUUUAAAAGAAAAGAUGUACGUGGAGGGUUUACCUCUUGUAUUGUUUACAUGUAGUGACUUCUUAGUAACUGUCUUUAAAUUGUAAAAUCUUCUCACUCUUUAAUUGUUUGUAAGUGUCAGAAGCUGGCCAAAGCUCUUUGUGUGAGGUUAACUGUUGAUUCUCAGUAGCACUCUGACUCGGGAGGAUGUUGACAGGGGUUAUGGCAAUCAAUAAGUAGCCUAUGCAGUUCUUUUAUUCACUAGCAAGUGAGAUGUCCCUGCAAGAUAAUGUAACGUUUCAUACAGCCUUUGUAUCUGGGGUAAAUCUUUUUCUAACGUGUUGCCAGUCUCACAGAUCUGAAUAUUGAAAUAAUGCUGGGUUUGAGAGGAACUGGUGACCUGAUUUUUAAAACUGAACAUAUGUACUUGUGUACUUCACACAUUGGAGACAUUUGUAUGGCUUGUGGCUACAUCAUCGUAUUUCUGUAAAGUUAACUUUUAUAAUCGGUGAUUUGAAUUUCUCUGGCUGGCUUGUGAUCUCAUCAUGCGAGACUUUACGUGUGUGUGGUUGAAAAAGUUCGUUCAAAGCAGUACCCCCACCCCCGAUAUGCAAACCAAAUCAAUCUGUCAUUUUUUUCAACUCGUUGAAAUGAAUGUAAUUCAGAAUGUGCAAGUAGUCUCCACUCUCUCCACUUUCAAGAUGUUUGCUUCUCUUCACCUGUCAUCAUAUCUUUCCAGAAGGGAACGGCCAGAAGUCAAAAUUGGCCAGUCUUGUCUUCUCUAAACUGGCUUGUGCCUGAAGACCUGAAGCUGUGAACUUGUUUGUAAGUUUUCUAAAUCUUGGUAAUAAACUGUAAACUCUGUAUUAA